CGUUAAUCUUCACUUAUCCUGGUGGUGGUUAGUGAACGUCGUUUUAGUGACAGAUAGUGAAGGAAAGGUGUUUUUUUAGACGAAGGUUUUUCUGUUUGGUUCCAGCCUAAGAGUAAAGUGUAACAUGCCUCGUGUUUACGUAGGCAGGCUGAGUUAUCAUGUCCGCGAAAAGGACAUCCAGAGGUUUUUCAGCGGUUAUGGGAAGCUGUUAGAGAUUGAUCUGAAGAACGGGUAUGGGUUUGUGGAGUUUGAGGACACACGUGACGCCGAUGAUGCUGUGUACGAACUGAAUGGCAAGGAGCUGUGUGGUGAACGUGUGGUUGUGGAACACGCCAGGGGGCCACGUCGGGACCGCGACGGAUAUGGUGGGGGUUAUGGGGGUUCUGGGCGCAGUGGUAGUAGUGGUUACAGCAGCCGAAGCCGCUCCGGCAGAGACAAAUACGGACCUCCUGUCCGCACUGAGUAUCGGCUCAUCGUAGAAAACCUGUCCAGUCGAUGCAGCUGGCAGGACCUCAAGGACUUCAUGCGACAGGCCGGUGAGGUGACCUAUGCUGAUGCCCACAAGGAACGGACAAAUGAAGGUGUGAUCGAGUUCCGCAGCUAUUCUGAUAUGAAGAGGGCCCUUGAUAAGCUGGACGGCACUGACAUCAAUGGAAGGAAAAUUCGCCUGGUGGAGGAUAAACCCAAACGGCGCCGAUCGUACUCUGGCAGCAGGUCUAGGUCCCGCAGCCGUCGCCGCUCUCGCAGCAGAAGCCGUAGGAGCAGGAGCUCACGAAGCCGCUCAAGGUCUCGCUCUCGAUCCCGCUCCCGCAGCAAGCGCCGCUCCCACUCUAGGUCCAAGAGAAAGUCCCGCUCCAAGUCUCCAGCUAAAUCCCGAUCUAAGAAGUCCCGCUCUCGUUCUCACUCCCGCAAGUCCCACAGCCGCUCGGCGAGUCGGAAGUCACGCUCCAAGAGCCAUUCGAAACCCCGGUCUGAGCGUGGCUCUCGCAGCCGUUCCAAGGAGAAGUCCGUGAGCAAGAAAUCGCGCAGCCGCUCAGCCUCACCAAUGGAGAAUGGGGACAAAAAAUCAGUCUCGCGUUCUCCUUCUCCACAGGAGGAUCGUCACCGUUCCAAAUCACCCUUAAAGCGUUCUCCGUCUCGUUCUCCUUCUCGGUCCAAAUCUCGCUCGCGCUCUAGAUCUGCCUCACAAGACUGAGGCUGGGAUCCCUUUUUUUUUUGUAGCUCUGAAAGGCAGCACUUGAUACAAGGGUGCAUCACAUUUAAAUCAGAUCGUACAUGUUUGUGAUAUUGCAUGAGAACUAAAGGGCUGAACUGUAAAUAUCAAAUGGGUACCAGAUUUGUAAAUGGAUCCUCAGUAGAUUUGUGAUUUGCUACAUGUGUAUUGCUGUACAGGAGGUUUUUUUUUUUCCCCCCCCUUCCCUCGCCCUUCAAUUUUUUUUAGAUGCUUUGCCUGUACUGCAGCUAUUCAAUCAGAUGUCAUACUGACUGGAAAAUCUUCAAACUCAAAAAAAAAAAAAAAAAAAAAUUAAAAGGCUUGCAUUUGCUUCUUAGCUAAAGUUUGAUUUGACUCCAGCAGUUUUUCUUGCCUGCUUACAUGUUUGUGAAAUUGUGUGGUUUAGCCUUAGUAAUUUGUGAUAUGCUACACAUGUAUUGCUGUACAGAAGUUUUUUUUUGUUUUUUUUUGUUUUUUUUUUUGAUGAUACUUUAAUUUGUAGGGGUCCCAUGCUGUUCUCAGUUUUAAACUGGUGUAUUGGGUAUUCUGCAAUAUUUUAGUUAAAUAAACAGGUUUGAUUUUU